AUGGCUGGCAGCGGUCCCCGCGGGGUGCCGCUCUCUGCUCCCGCGGCCAGGGUUUCUUUGAGGGAUUCCGGGGAGGCCCGGACGAGAGCAAGGCGAGGGGGACCGCGGCGGCGGCUGCCACUCCUGUACCUGGUCCAGCACGUGGCGCUGGCGCGCCCGCAGCGCGGUGCCAGCGCCGAGACCAUGACGACCCCACUACGGCGCGCCCGCUCACCGGCCGGUCGGCUCCGAGGGGUCGGGUUGGACGUCGGACGCCGGCGGGAGGGGGGCAGGGCGGGGAGGGGGCCCGCCCAGGCCACGCCCCCAGGCGGCGCGCAGGCGCAGAGGGCCCACCGCAGGCAGGGGGCGUCAACAUGGCGGCGUGAGCGGCGGCGUCGGGGCUUCGCGACCACUGUUGCGGCCGCAGUUGCGGCGCAGCUUCCCCAGCGUCGGCCAGCCCGAGCGGCAGCGCCGGGGCUCUUCGCGGCCGCUCGCGUAUCGCCGCCGGGACCAGGCCGGGCGCACCGGUACCGCAGAGGCGGCGGCUCCCGGGCGGGCAGUGUCGCCCGCCGGCAGCGGUCAGCGGCGCCGCCAGCGCCUGGGAGCUUCCCGGGACCCCCUCCUCGGCCGGGCCCAGCGCCGGUGGAUGCCGGGGCUCCGAGACGCCGGCCGGGGGGCGGGGGCCGAGGCGGGUGUUGUGGUCCCGGAGGUGGUUCGUGCCCGCUGCCCGGGCGCGGGCAGAUAGUGAGCGAGAAGCCGGGCCCGGGCCCUGGGCUGGAGCCUCCGCCCACGGCGCUCGUCGCGGUCGGGGGCGGCGGCGGCCCGGGCGCAGUGGUGCUCCCCGCGGGCAUGAUUAACCCUUCUGUUCCGAUCCGCAACAUCCGCAUGAAAUUCGCCGUGCUUAUCGGACUCAUACAGGUCGGAGAGGUCAGCAACAGGGACAUCGUGGAGACCGUGCUUAACCUGCUUGGCGGCCACCUGAUGCUCUGACACAAUUUCCUUUAAUGCUUGGAGCCAAGAGAAGAGAAAAAAGAAAAGAGAGCAAGGCAUGAAGCAGCACCUCUCCCGGUCUGGACUGGGGCUCUCCCCAGGCCCUGCUGGCACACGGCCCUCUCCUCACCGCAACCCGCAGGCCCUUCCCAGGCGUGUGCGCCUCCCGCGGGGCCUCAUCCCCUCCCGCUGCGGGUCCCAGGUCCUGUCCUGUGCCCCGUCCCUGCAGCCAGUACCUGUGCCCGUGAAGGGGCAGCCAAAGGCGGAGGAGGGCCUGGGCGCGGCACUUGCGGGCCCAGCAGCCUCUCAGCAGCCUCCUGCGUCUGCCCUGACGAUUGUAUGUUUUUGACCAGAUUUCAUAGUUCUCAAAAGUCGGUUCUGGCAGUUUCUGCUGGUUGCUUUUGGGCCCCCACUGCUUUUUCUGUGGCAUUGUUCCUGGCCCUCUCAUAGACUGGUUUCAUUUGAAAGUAGUUAGAAACUGGAAGGGAAAAUAUAUUUAAGCCUGAUUUUAACAACUAAAAAUUGUGUAUAGUGUACUUAUUAUACAUAGGAAUAGAGUAGAGAAAUUGUGCCUACUGACCCAAAAGUUCAGGUCUCCUGGAUUUUAUCUGUGUUAUUUAAUUUCUAACUUUUCUCAGGUUGUCACAGAGGAGUAUAAACAGUGGUGACAAAAACAUCAUCUUUGGCUUUGUGAUCAUCUCUGGAGCGCUAAAAAAGUUCUGUGGCCAAAGGAGAAAAGUGAGAGUACAGUGGAUGCUGACUCCCAGCGUGGGAGGUGGUUGUGCAGGCCGCCCGUGGCCCUCGCUGGCUGGCGCCUGGCCUCCCCGCCGCCCCACCAGCCCCGCC